CUGCACUGUAAUGCGGUCCGUUUGUUAGAAGUGUGUGUCAAGUUUACCUUGAACACGUUUUACUGAUGAAUAUGAUUGAAAAGUUCAUUUGUGUACAUACGAUACUAUUAUUUUGCAUUGGAUUGCUAAAUGUGAACAGCAUGCAAUGUGGCGAGAGAAAAUGCAAAGAGGAACUAAACGGAACGGAAGUGUACUGCUGCACCAAAAUUGGCCAGGUGUCAGCUAUAGGAAGCUGCUGCUGUAAGAGGGUCAAUGACAGCUUUGUCGGACACUGCGGGCCAUUUGAAAAGUCUUACAAUGGUUUAGCAUGGUGGGUGGCUGCCAUACUCAUCAUUGCGAUAAGUGGCGUAACCAUAGCCACAUUCAUUGUUGUGAAGAGGUGCCUUUGCAAGAAAAGACAAACCACGACCACACUGACGCCACAACCAGAGAUACUCCACCUGUCCGACGAUCAUGAGAUUUAAAAUAAAUACAUGCACACAUAAAUCAUAGUAACGGACAUCAUAGAUUUGUUUUGCUGAGAUCAAAAGUAAUCUCAGGGAAUGAAACACAUUUAUGUUUGAAAUAUUUUUCUCAAUUUCCACUGUUGAAUAUUAUAAUACAUGUUUUGAAAAUAAUGUUCUAUCUGCCAACGAUACUAACUAAGAUAUUUAUGCUUUUGGUAUUUCCAAGCGUACUAUCCUAUGCGCAUGCUAGUUAUGAUCUCGAUUGUCAUUUUUAUCGCAGGUUUGAUGACAAACUUUGAAAAGAUAACAUAUCUACAUGUGCCAUCCUGCUUUGUGAUAUCUUUUUAUUUCCAAGGAAGCAAAUAUUAGAUAUAUAACAAACAUUUCCGAGUAUAUUUGCCAACGCCAGGAGUUACAUGCAAUCAUAAUAGAGACGAAUAUAUUAAAUUUAAAAGUUAAGUUUA